AGGUCUGCGUACAUACUAGCCUCCCUAGAGCCCACGGUAUGGGAUAAUACUGGGUAUCUUGAAUUAAAGCCCCUCUGCUCCUUCAAAAAGUUUCAUUUUAUUUCCUUCUUCUCCAUAUUAACAAUAUUCCAAGUCUUAAUUUUGCAUCCAUUAUUUUCACAAUCUGAUUCUUGACUGAUGGCUUAUACUUCUGUAAUUUCUCUUCUUCAGACUGUUGAGCAACUUCAGCAGAGAAAUCCAAAACUCAUUCAAGGUCAAACUGUUGAAAUGCUCUAUUCUCUUCAUACUACUGCUGAAUAUUUUAAAAAUAUUCUUGAAAAAGUUAGCAAGAGUAGGUUUAAUCUUGAAAAUAUCAAAUCUUUAGAGGAAAAAAUAAGAGUUGCUGUUAAUGAUACAGAAGAUGUUGUUGAGCUGAAAAUUUGUCAAAUCUUUGAAGGCUUAAGCUGGACAGGUGGAAAAGCACGUAAAAGUUUACUGCACAAGGAUUUGUCACCAGUUGUUGAAAAAAUGGAUAUAACAAAGAAAGAAGUAAUGGAUCUUUUUUCUGAUUUUAGCACAAGUACUUAUGAUGCUGGUGAUGAAAUUCUUGAAUCUGGGGAUUCAUUGGUCGACAACAACAACAACAAUAACAAACCCAGUGUAAUCCCACAAAGUAGGAUUUCGGGGGUAAAGUGUACGCAGACCUUACUCCUACCUUGUGAAGGUAAAGAGGCUGUUUCCGAUCGACCCCCGGCUCAAGAUGUGGAUCCAUUGGUUGACAGUUCCUCUAGAAGUAAUCCAAUGAUAAAUUCGGAAGAUGUUAUCGCGCAGGGUCUUGAUGAUGACUUGGAGAUCAUAGUUAAAAGAUUGACAGGACCAGAGUCGGAUUUGGAUAUUGUCACAAUAUCUGGUAUGGGUGGUAUUGGCAAAACAACACUCGCUAAAAAAGCUCAUGAUCAUCUCCCAAUCAGGUAUCAUUUUGACAUUCGUGUUUGGGUUACAAGAUCUCAAGAAUUUCGAAGUAGAAAUGUGUUGUUAGAUGCUUUACAAUGCAUUUCAAAGCAGACAAAUAUUGUCAAAAGAGAAGAUUAUGAUAAGGAGGAUGACAGUUAUGAUAAGGAGGAUGACAGUGAGUUAGCCGAUCUGGUGCAGAAAAUUCUAAAGGGACGAAGAUACCUUGUUGUUGUUGAUGAUAUUUGGUGUACGGAUGUUUGGGAUAGUAUAAGAGGAAUAUUUCCGGAUUGCAAUAAUAGGAGUCGGAUCUUAUUGACUACUAGGGAAACAGAGGUAGCAGUAUAUGCAAAUCCUAGCAGCCCUCAUGAGAUGAAUCUCCUGAAUUUAGAUAAUAGCUGGAAGUUACUUCGUGAUAAGGUGUUUGGACCAGAACAUGUUCGUCCUCUUGAGUUGGAAGCGAUUGGAAAGCAAAUAGCGGAGAAAUGCCAAGGACUACCCUUAACAAUUUCAGUGAUUGCGGGACAUCUCUCUAAAAUAGCCAGGACAUUAGAGAGUUGGACGGAUGUCGCCCAAACCUUAAGUGAAAUCAUUGCUAGUCAUUCAGAUAAAUGCUUAGGAGUGCUCGGUUUGAGUUACCACCACUUGCCUAAUCACCUCAAACCUUGCUUUCUUUCUAUGGGUAGUUUUCCCGAGGAUUUCCAUGUCGAGACUUGUCAAUUAAUCCAAUUAUGGAUCGCGGAAGGUUUCAUAAGGACGUCUGGAAGUGGUAAAAGCUUGGAGAAAGUGGCAGAAGAUUAUUUGGAGGAUCUUAUCAGCAGGAACUUGAUAAUGGCUAGAAAAAGGAGAUUCAAUGGCGAGAUAAAAGCAUGUGGAAUACAUGAUUUACUGCAUGAAUUCUGUUUGAUAGAAGCUGAAAUGACAAAGUUUAUGCAUGUUGCGAGAACUGACCCUAUUCGUGUAACACAAAAACAUAAUGUUCGUCGCUUUAGUUUUCAAACCCCAUCUUAUUCAGUUUACAACUAUUCCAAAGUAUUACCCCAUGUUUCCAGAUCUAUCUAUUUAUUCUCUGGAUUAACAGGACUUGAAGUUUUCUCCCGUUUCAACCUUUUGAGGGUAUUGCACAUCUUCCAUGAAGAUGAAAGGUUCGAUUCAUUUCCACUUGCGAUUACAAAGUUAUUUCAUUUGAGAUAUCUUGCAGUUGGAUUUUAUGGUAGUGUUCCAACAUCAAUCUCAGAGCUUCAGAAUUUGCAAACUCUAAUUACUCAUGGGAAAAACUAUAGAAAUAUCACUUUACCAGGGAAGAUAUGGACGAUGACGAACUUGAGGCUUAUGCAUCUGGGGAGUAACAGUUAUUUCCCCAGGCCUAGAAGAAAAGGUAUUCCAAAUAAGCAUAAUGUCAUAGAGAUGCCAAAUUUAGAGGAACUAUUUGGUCUUUGUUCUACAAGUUGUUCAAAUGAAGUCUUUUCUGGCAUUCCAAAUCUGAAGAAAUUAAUCAUCUAUUAUGCUUCAUUUAGAACAAACAAUAUGGCCAAACGCUUCAUUGAUAUGUCAUGUUUGACAAAACUCGAAGCAUUGAAAUGUUUGAGGGGAGAUUAUUCGCCUUACUCAAUCAAGAGUUUUCGUUUCCCAGCAUCGCUUAAGAGGUUGACUUUAACCGGGUGGUUUGAAUUUCCUUGGGAAGACAUAUCAACUCUUGUCAUGUUGCCGUAUCUUGAAGAGCUCAAACUUAAACGUUGGGUAGUCGGAGAUGAAGUAUGGAGAUUGAGUAACGAAGAAAAGUUCGAAAACCUGAAUUUUUUGUUGUUUUGCCAGUUAGAUUUUCGGCGUUGGGAAGCUAGCAGUGAUAGCUUCCCUAAUCUAAAACGCCUUGUUCUGAACCAUUGCCCCCACCUAGAAGAAAUUCCAACAGAUUUUGGGGAAAUUUGUACGUUGGAGUCGAUUGAAUUGCAUAAUUGCAGCACAUCUGCUGAGGAUUCUGCAAGAAAUAUUGAACAAGAACAAGAGGACAUGGGAAAUAAUUGCCUUAAGGUCUACAUCCAUAGAACUCAACCUAAGUUUUAGAUCUCCAAAAAACAUCGGAAACAGUCUCUCUGCCCUUCCAGGGUAGGGGUAAGGCUGCGUACAUACUACCCUCUCCAGACCCCACUUGUGGGAUUGUACUGGGUUGUUGUUGUUGUUGAUUGAGUUGAUUUUGUAUCUCUUCAACUAGCUGUUUCUCAAUCAUAUUCCCUAUCUUGGAAGUAGUAUUUGUGAUUAAAAUUGUCCUCUUUGUGCUCUAGUUGUAUAAUUCAUACUAUAUUAUAUUGUGAUAUUAUGCA